UCUUCAUAAGAAAUUCUUUAUCACUCUUACGCCAGCAACAUGGCAAGUCUUAGAAUAUGUAGAGUUUGUGGCAACCCAAUCGCAACCGAGGAAACGGAGAAAGAAUUCAGCACGGUAGCCGGCAUUUAUCACGUAUUAACUUCCUCACAGCCUUCACAGGUGGAAGAAUUGCAUCUACCGAACAGCACCUGUUUGUGCUGCCAUUCCAAACUAGUGGAGAUCGACGAAUUUCGAACUAUGUGUGUCCAAGCUAUAGAACGGUUGCAAAAAGUGGUGGUUCCAUCGAUUGCGAAAGAAAGAAAGGUUAUUAAGAAGGAGAACAAGGCGGAAGUUGAAUUCCUAGAACUAGAGUUAAAAGAAGAGUUAGGUCUUGUCCCUGAAGGGGUGCUAUCUGUGAAGGUGGAGAUGGACGAUGCGGAUAGCCUAGUGGAGGCUGAUUGUUUAUCUGGAAACGAAACGGAAAAAGAGGACGAAUUAAGCUCGGACUUGGAUGAAGUUCCUGUAGGAAAGCGUAAAAGAAAACAGAAACAGAAGGAUGGUGCUAAAGAGACCACGAGAAAAACAAAAAUCGAAUGUGAUCAGUGUGAGAAAUUUUUCUGGAACCAAAAGCGAUACGAGGGUCACCUGCGAACGCACGAAGGACUGAAGCCGGCCGUGUGCGAAAUUUGCCAGAAAGCAUUCUCCAAGUGGACCUAUCUGAAGCAACAUCGCCAGACGGUUCAUGCUCCGGUCGAGGCAAAGCAACGCAUUCCCUGUGAGGUUCCCGGCUGCGAAAAGACGUUCGCCAUGCAGCACCACCUUAAGUUCCAUCUGACCAAGAAGCACACCGGCAACGGGUUGAACCCGAAGUGGAGGCACAUGUGCGAGCAGUGUGGUAAGACCUUCACCACGGUGGCCAAUUUGCGGAUUCAUAAAUACUCUCACGGAGGGAAAAUGCCAUUUGCGUGUAAUCUAUGUGGAAGGCGCAUGGAAAGCAACUUCAAACUGAAGAUUCACAUGAUGCGGCAUAAAGGAAUCAAGGAACACACUUGUCCGGUUUGCGGUAUGAAAAAAACCACGGUCACUGAGCUGAAGACCCAUAUGAACACUCACACGCGAGAGAAGCAAUAUCCUUGCGAAACUUGUGGGAUGGUGUUUUAUAGUAUAGGCAAUAAACAACGUCACGUAAGGAUAGUCCAUCAAGGCGUAAAGGCGUACACGUGCACAUAUUGCGAUCAAUCGUUCGGGAAGGCGGAGACUCUGAAGCACCAUGUUAUGACCCAUACCGGCGAGAAACCGCAUGUGUGUGAUUUGUGCGGCAAGCGGUUUAUUCAACCGACGGCUCUACAGACCCACAAAAGAACGCACUUCAAAAACCAUGGCAAUGUGCCGCCACAGAAAACUUAGACAUAAGUUCAAAGAUAAGAAAAACAGUCGCUAGACCUAUGAUAGUGAUAAAAACAUACGACUAAUGUAAGAAAAAAAA